GGUAUAUACAGCUGUACUGUAUUGUAGACUAUAGUCUAUACUAUAGACUCUAUACUCUAUAGACUAUAGUAAUAGUAAUGAAUUGCAUUAAAUGUGUGGUAAACAAGUGAUUGCAAUACAAUAAUAACAAACAGUUUUAUACAGUUUUCAAUGUAUGAGUGCGUCGAUAGUCAAGAAUGGCCACAAUCUGGACAGUCAUUGAUAUAAUUGACAUUUAAAUACAAAUGAAUUUGAUUUGAUUGACACAAAUCUAAUACAUAAUCAAAGAAAUCAUUGAAUUUCAAAAAUAUUAAUAAUUUACACACCAUUUGAUGACUUGUCUUAAUUUGAUUUAAAUAUGAGUGACAAGAAUCAAACUAUAAGUCAACCGCCCAUUAAAAUUGGUCACUACUUGUUGGCCGAGACACUGGGCAUCGGGUCUUUUGGUAAAGUCAAAACGGCCAGACAUCAGUUAACUGGACAUAAGGUCGCCGUCAAGAUUCUGAACCGACAGAAGAUUAAGAAUUUAGAUGUCGUCGGAAAAAUUAGAAGAGAAAUACAGAAUCUAAAGCUCUUCAGACAUCCGCAUAUCAUUAAAUUAUAUCAAGUGAUUAGUACUCCAACCGAUAUAUUCAUGAUUAUGGAGUACGUGUCCGGAGGAGAGCUUUUUGAUUAUAUUGUAAAACACGGAAAGCUUAAGGAAUCAGAAGCGCGACGUUUUUUCCAACAAAUUAUCUCUGGUGUUGAUUACUGUCACAGACAUAUGGUGGUUCACAGAGAUCUCAAACCAGAGAAUUUAUUAUUGGAUCAAAAUCUGUGUGUAAAGAUUGCUGACUUUGGUUUAUCAAAUAUGAUGAUGGAUGGAGAGUUCUUAAGGACCAGUUGUGGUUCUCCUAAUUAUGCCGCUCCUGAGGUUAUCUCUGGAAAACUAUAUGCCGGUCCUGAAGUGGACAUCUGGUCGUGCGGUGUCAUACUUUAUGCACUGCUUUGUGGAACUUUACCUUUUGAUGAUGAACAUGUGCCCACUUUAUUCCGCAAAAUUAAAUCCGGAAUAUUCCCAAUCCCUGAAUAUUUGAAUAAAUCAGUAGUCAGUCUAUUAAUUCAUAUGUUACAAGUGGAUCCAAUGAAAAGAGCUACUAUGGAGGACAUCAAAAAUCAUGAGUGGUUUAAAAAGGAUUUACCGGUAUAUCUGUUCCCAUCACCCAAUGAUAGCGAUGCCUCUAUUAUAGAUAUGGAUGCGGUUGCCGAAGUCUGCGAGAAAUUUGGUGUCACUGACAAAGAAGUUCACAGUGCUCUUCUUAGUGGUGAUCCUCACGAUCAGUUGGGUAUUGCAUACCAUCUAAUUGUCGAUAAUAAGCGUAUUGAAGACGAAACAGCAAAGCUUGAUAUAAAGGAUUUUUAUGUGGCCUCCAGUCCUCCGCCGUCUAAUUUUAUGGAAACUCCUAUUAGACCUCAAUCGGCGACUGGAAAUCAUAGUCAUAGACAACGUAUGUUAAGUGGAGGCAAUGCUCCGAUUGAAAGGCAACGAAUGCUUAGCGGAGGAAACAGUUUAGAUAAAAAUAAAGGAACGCCUAUGAAGAGAGCCAAAUGGCAUUUGGGAAUCCGUUCACAAAGCAAACCACAAGAUAUUAUGAAUGAAGUCUAUAAAGCAAUGAAGGCUUUGGAUUUUGAAUGGAAAAUCAUAAAUCCAUUCCAUGUGCGGACACGAAGAAAGAAUGCUAUAACUGGAAAGUACGGCAAAAUGACUCUUCAAUUAUAUCAAGUCGACUACAAAAGCUAUUUACUUGACUUUAAAUCAUUGGCCUCUAAUGAGGAAGAGACCAAUGAGUUAUGUCCCAGUGCUGGCAGCGGAAGUACUUCCACUGAUCCAUACAAUCAGUCCCAAUGCCAUCACAUAAUGGAGUUCUUUGAAAUGUGCGCUUCAUUGAUAACACAAUUGGCUCGUUAGAGGACAUCCACUACAAGUACUAUAAAUCUGUGGCAACUCUUCAUUUGCUUCGUCUUCCUUUUGCUUGAAUUACAAUCUAUACCUCAAUAGACUGCCUUUCAUUUCAUCGAUUUUUGUCAAACACUUUAAAUCUUAAAUUACUAAAUAUA